AUGGACUUCAACGUAAAGAAGUUCGCGGCCGAUGCUGGCACUUUCCUGAGCCGGGCAGUGCAGGUAUGGGCGGCAGCAGCAUGAGCAAUCUCCCAGCAGCUCCAUGUCCUCCUCCCUGUGUGUGUCUGGGCUGGCUGGCUGGCUGGCUGAGGGUUUAUGUUGGACUGGACUCCAGGGCAGUGACUAAAUUCCACCCAUCACACACAGCCAUCUUUAAUGGGAUUAGUAGUCUGACAACCAGCUCAAUGUCCUCCUCCCUGUGUGUGUCUGGGCUGGCUGGCUGGCUGGCUGGCUGGCUGAGGGUUUAUGUUGGGCUGGUCUCCAGGGCAGUGACUAAAUUCCACCCAUCACACACAGCCAUCUUUAAUGGGAUUAGUAGUCUGACAACCAGCUCAAUAUCCUCCUCCCUGUGUGUGUCUGGGCUGGCUGGCUGAGGGUUUAUGUUGGACUGGACUCCAGGGCACUGCCUAAAUUCCACCCAUCACACACAGCCAGCUGUAAUGGGAUUAGCAGGCUGACAACAUUUAGACGGGGGUGACAAAACACAGGCUUGUCAUUUGUCAACCUUAGGGCUUGCCAAGCAUCGUGGGAGUCGGAGUUCUAAAACAACUUUAAUCAGUAGCUUUAUAAGAGCUGCUAUAAGCAUAGGGCUGUCUUUAAUUACUCCCACCCUCCCCCCACUCAGUAUGAGACAUGACGUCCUAUGACAUGAUCAACUAAUUGUUUAUGAUAACUGCAUGUUUUAUUUACAUUACAACAAUCACGAUUACAAACCAAUUGCUAUGGGCAGCCGCUCCUAUGAAGCUCAGCCUGCUAGUUGUUAUCCAUUAGUUACUCUGCAUUCUUCUUUCCUCCAGAGUGAGAUUUUCAAGCUUUAUUUAAUGGCAAUGAGGUGUGGCUGUUUUGUGUUGCUGGCUCAUUAUUAUUUUUCACUACAUGUAGCCAUCAUUGUUCUAUUGCUUGAUUUCCUCAUGAACUGCGUCAAAAUUAAGAGCUUUUGUUAAGUCAGGGUGGUGCUUGUAUUUCCUAUAAUGGCUAGGGUGAUGUCUAUGCUGCAAUCUGAUUAGCUCAGUAACUCUGCUAAAUUUGUAAGUCAUUUGACUUUCCUAAAUGUUUAUGGCUAUGGUUUUGAACAAGCAAAUGGUUGUCAAAUCACCACCGUAUAAACUUCAGAACAGCAAAAUUAGGCCCAUAUAGCCAAGCUGUGGGUAUAGCUGAGUUGGAGGGUAUUUGCAGAUCAACUUUUUUUUUUUUUUUAACGUAAAGUUUCCUGAUUGUUAUAUUUCAGAGUUUAUUGAAUAAACCCACCAGUCUCGUAAUUAUAGACACAUUGUUCUGCAAACUUGGAAAUAAUAGGGUGGUUUUCAGUGACCCAACAUUGCAGGUGUUGAAAGGAUUUUGGAUAUAAUAGCAUUUUGCCCUGGUACCCUCCCAAAAUAAUUAGUGAAACCAUUUUUAAGAAUGGUUUGACAACUUAACUAGGGUCAGCCGGGCACCCACAAUACUUUCUCCUGAAGCUCUGCUAUUGAGCUGAGCCUGACAGUGCAGGACCAUGCUUAUUGGCUGAGGGUGGUCAGCUCACCGUGUAAGCCAAUUAGACAGCCUGGCACUGCAGUAGCGUCUGACUUGUAAUACGCUUGCGGUGGACCCCCGGUUGGUUGUCAAAUAGUUUCACUACUUACUGUAGGGGGUGCUAGGGCACUCCUGGCGCCAUAGCCAUGACAGCUGUAGUGGCUAUGGUGCUUAGUGUGCUUAUCUAAGUUGACAACUGUCACUAUACUCAAGGUAGGUAUGAGUCUUGAGGUGACCGUUGUCCUUUAAGAUGAGUCUUUAUAGGCCUUUUAAAGAAUGUAAAAUCAUUGGUAAGAACUUGGACUUCUGUUUUGAAUGGGUGUAACAUUAAAUAUACACACCACCUUUAUUUCUUCAUGUUUAUUUAUCAUACUUGGAAAUUGUUUGAUUUUGUUUUUAUAGACUACCGCCGUAGUAACCACUACAUCUUUGUUUUGUUUAAUGAAUUACUUCAAUGGUGCAUGUGUUUAUAUGGCAUGUAAAAUAUAACUUACACCAAUAGUUAUUUUAACAAGUAAUCUCAUCUGCAUCACACUGAAACCUGCACUCUGGAUGUUCUGCCUUGGUCUUCAGGCAUGCCCCUCAAAUUUUAAUAAAAGGGACACUGUAGGCACUCAGACCACUUCAGCCCAUUGAAGUGGUCUGGGUACCUACUCCCAUCACCCUUAAUCCUGAGCAUGUAAUUAUUGGCAUUUUUAUAAACUGCAAAAUUUCUGUUGCAGGGUUAAGUUCUCCUCUAGUGGCUGUCUAGAGGAGAACUUAACCCUGCAACCAGACAGCCACUAGAGGGACUUCAUGGUUCUUAGACUACUUUUGGUCGUCUAAACAACGCUGGACAUCCUCACGCUAUGCACGAGGACCUCCAGCAUUGCUGGAAUCCCGUUAGGAAACCAUUGAAUAAUGCGAGCGUGGCCAUUGAUGCGCAGUAGGUUUCCCCAGUUGGCUGAUGGAGGGGGAGGAGCAUGGGCGGAGCUGAGCCAGUACUGAGGGACAUCGGCGCUGGACCCCGGUAAGUGACUGAAGGGGUUAUUAACUCAGUGCCACUGGAGGGGGUCUUGAUAGAAGGGGAAGCUACAGUGCCAGGAAAACAAGUGUUUUCCUGGCAGUAUAGUUUCCCUUUGAUAAAAUCACAUAAUUAUAUUAGAAGAUUACAUAAAUAUACACGUAGAAUUUUAAUAUGUAUACAUAUAUCUGUAUUUAAUUUCUACGUGUAAACUUAUGCAAUUGUGUAUGUAUGUGUGUGUGUGUAUAUAUAUAUAUAUAUAUAUAUAUAUAUAUAUAUAUAUAUAUAUAUAUAUAUAUAUAUAUAUAUAUAUAUUUUAUUAUUAUUAUAAUUUAUAUAUAGAUAUUUAUAAAAUGACACUCUAAGUGUAUUUUGAUAUAUAUAUAUAUAUAUAUAUAUAUAUAUAUAUAUAUAUAUAUUAUUAUUAUUAUUAAUUUUUUUUUUUUUUUUUAUAGGGACACUAUAGUCACCAAACAACUUAAUGUUAUAGUUAUAGUAUAUUGCUUAUGCACCUGCAGUCUCACUGCUCAAUUCUCUGCAACUUAGGCGCUAAAUCACUUUUGGUUCUGUUUAUUUUUCUUUUUUCAAUUUGACAAUUUUUAUUUUAUAGUCAAAGAAUUAAAACAGUUAUCUGGGUACAGAAAGGAAGAGGGUUUAUACAGUAACAGCGGUGGGUCCACGGUUACAAUAAACUUUUUUUUUAGAUCAUUAAUGUCAUUCUUUUCACAAUUUACCACUUUUAGUAAUUACAUUUAUCCUAAUAUUUGUGGAAGAAAUGUCUGAUUCCAAUACCUUAUCAUAUCAAACAUGAAAAUCCCACAUCUCAACCCCUCCCUAUAAACGGGCCUCAGAACUCUGAGUGGCAGCGAGUAAUCCUAUUGUACUGUCAGGGGCUUGGUUAUUGCUCAAUGGUUCCUCUAUGGCCCCAUCUUUCCCAGAGGUGACCCUGUUACUUGGAUCCCAUUGUUCAAUCCUGUCCUGUCUCCUCUAGGUAAGUAGGGUCGUGGUUUAGUAGUAAUGGGCUGUUUGGUGGACGGUGUGUGUGUAAACCUGUACAAUCUUGUCGACUUCUUCUUUUUUUUUUUUUACUUUUGGUUCUGUUAAUGCAGCCCUAGCCACACCUCCCCUGGCUGUGACUCUCACAGCCUGCAUGAAAACAAAAUAGUUUCACUUUCAAUCAGAUGUAAUUUCCUUUAAAACAUUUUUAUCUCCUGCUCUGUAAAUUGAACUUUAAUUUCAAUAGGCUCCCGCCGGUCUAGCAAGCUAUUAACAGAGCAGGAGAUAAGAGAUUCAAAAUUAAACAGAAUUUACAAUAAAGGAAGUAUAAACAUUAGAUUACUCUUUACAGGAAGUGUUUAGGAAGGCUGUGCAAGUCACAUGCAUGGAGGUGUGCCUAAGGCUGCACAGACAAAGUGAUUUAACUCCUAAAUGGCAGUGAAGUGAGCAGUGAAACUGAAGGGGCAUGAUUUAUACACCAAAACUGCUUCAUUAAGCUAAAGUUGUAUGCGUGACUAUAAUGUCCCUUUAAUAUCAAAAUACAGUUAGAAUGAAAUUACAUAUGUGUAUAUAUAAUUUAUUUUUCAUUAUUUAUUUUAUGUGUUGUUGUAAUUACUUAAAUUAUAUAUGUAACUUCAUUCUAAGUUUUUUUUAUAAUAUUAAUAUUUGUAAUUAUAUUAAUAUUAAAAUACACUAAUUAUGGGGGCGGAGCCAAGCAGAGUUCCGAGGCAGACACACCUUCCCGCAGUUCCGGGCGAAUCCCGACAAAAUCACGUUAACGCUGCAGCAACCAAAGAGACCGGGAUAUAAACUCCAACAAGUAAGGGAGGUGCCCACGAGCUAGCGGAUGCCCUUUUUAUUCCCCGCGAACGCUAAAACCCAGCGCCAAGGCUCUCGGGCCUACCGUGUGGGAAUCCUGCGGCUGCAAAGCAACCCUUACUGGCUCGGAACAGGCGUAGAAGGGGACACAAACCUCAAGUACCACGGUCAAACUUCCCCAGGAGGAAAAAUGGUGCGCAAAUCUCAGAAAACGACCCAUACCUUAAUCCAGGGAAGGCCAGGACAUCGGCCAAAUGCUAACCUCCAGAAACAGAGAGGCAACACCACCAGGCCCUGAAAAGAUGGCCGACCCACCUGCAACAAAGGUCUCCAUGCCGGAGGCUCCGGCGAUAGCAGGUGGACACGCACCGUCCACCAAACAGGACAUAUACAACCUACUAGUGCACAUUCUCAGCGGAGCUCAAGGCAGUACAGACAGAGGUACAAGUGGUCACAAACAGGGUCCAAAUGGUGGAAGCGGACCUCACCAACCUCAAACAGUGCAUGGGCAUCAUCAAUGAAUCUGUGCAACUCGUCCAAACAGCACAAGCACACCAAGGCAUCAGGUUAGCCCAGAUGGAGGAUUGAAAGCGGAACAGAAACAUCAAAAUCCACGGAGUGGCGGACUCACGCCCACCCGAUGAGAUCCCCCACUUUGUCAGACGCCUAGUCUCCUCCAUCAUGCCCGCAAAAAACACAAAACAAAUUACCUUUGACGGCAUGUACUGCAUAGCCAAAUCAUCACAAGCAAGGGACAUUAUUCUGUGCUUCCAAACUCUUGCCAAUAAACACAGGCUCCUUAACGCAGUGAAGGGUAAGACCCCACUACAAUUUGAAACACAAACCCUCACUUUUUUCAAGACCUAAGCAGAGCCACUUUACUAUGGCGAAAAUCAAUGCAGCAGAUCACAAAACCUCUACAAGGGGCUGGCCGCCCUUACAGUCACCCAAAAUGGAAAGACUUUCAAAGCCCUGGGACCCUCAGAGGGAACUCAUAGGUUAGGGGGCAGCAACACCUAGACCAGGAGUUCUACUCCACAUCCCUAGACAAUCACGGUUUAGACCACAACUACCUAGUAGAUUGAGCUAUACGACUUUAAAAUCUUAACGAUCACUAACUCCUGUGCAAUUCUAGCAAAAAUGUAGAUGUAUAAAAAAGAAAAAGGGGCUACCUCUUAAGACGCUACUACACAUGUAUAACUGCAAUGUUUUGCACACAAAUGUCUUUUAUCUUAUCCAAUUGUAUUGAAUCACCAGAAUAAAAUAAAGAACUAAAAAAAAACCACACUAAUAAUAAUAAUAAUAAUAAGAAGAAGAAGUAUUACUUUUACUGAGAGGGUAGUGGAUGCAUGGAAUAGCCUUCCAGCUGAAGUGGUAGAGGUUAACACAGUAAAGGAGUUUAAGCAUGCGUGGGAUAGGCAUAAGGCUAUCCUAACUAUAAGAUAAGGCUAGGGAUUAAUGAAAGUAUUUAGAAAAUUGGGCAGACUAGAUGGGCCGAAUGGUUCUUAUCUGCCGUCACAUUCUAUGUUCCUAUAAAUGCUUUUUUUUUCUUAAGCAUUAUGACCUUAUCAGGUUCUUAUUUACUUUGUAAUAAGUGCUCCUUCCUGAUGCUCACAGCAGAAACCGCUUCAAAGUUAAUAAACAUAUACCGUAUAUACUCGAGUAUAAGCCGAGUUUUUCAGCACAUUUUUUGUGCUGAAAAACUCCAAUUCGGCUUAUACUCGAGUCAAUGUCUGUAUUAUGGCAAUUUACAUUGCCAUAAUACAGACUGGGGGCUGGCAGAGCUGUUACUUACCUCUCCUGCAGCUCCUGCCAGCUCCCUCCUCCUCCGCGCCGGUCCGGUCAGCACCUCGAUCAGCUCCCAGUGUAAGUCUCGCGAGAGCCGCGGGGUCAUAGUGCGGCUCUCGAGAGACUUACAGUGUGAGCUGAGAGAGGAGCUGCACGGACUGGCACGGAGGAGGAGAGAGCUGACAGGAGCUGCAGGAGAGGUAAGUAACAGCUCUGCCAGCCCCCUUCCUCCCCCCACUGAACUGCCAGGAAGGGAGAGCCUUGAUACAUGGCAGGGAGGGGGGACAACAAAAUAAAUUAAUUAAUAUAUAAAUAAUAUUAAAAAUAAUAUAAAUAAUAAUAAAAAAAUAAUAAUAUAACAAAAAAAAUUAAAAUAUAUAUAUUUCUUUUUUAUAAAAAUGCCCACCCCCCCACCAAGGCUCUGCAACACAAACACACACUGCACUCAUGCACGCACUGCACUCAUGCACGCACUGCACUCAUGCACGCACUGCACUCAUGCACGCACUGCACUCAUGCACGCACUGGAUUCAUACACACUGGAUUUAUAUACACACUGCAAUAUAUACACACACUGCACUCACACACACUGCAUUAUAUACACACUGCGCACUCAUACACACACACACUGCAAUAUACACACACACUGCGCACUCAUACACACACACUGCGCACUCAUACACACACACUGCGCACUCAUACACACACUGCAUUCAUCAUAUACACACACUGUAAAUAAAUAUUCAAUUAAUAUAAUUUUUUAGGAUCUAAUUUUAUUUAGAAAUUUACCAGUAGCUGCUGCAUUUCCCACCCUAGUCUUAUACUCGAGUCAAUACGUUUUCCCAGUUUUUUGGGGUAAAAUUAGGGGCCUCGGCUUAUAUUCGGGUCGUCUUAUAAUAGAGUAUAUACGGUAAGUAAAGGCUAUUAUUUACUCUUAUUCUUUGCAACACGGUCUUUAUUUACUAGCCUUGAAACUUUGUUCUUUUAUGAUUGGAAAACACACACAUUUCCCUAUACUGUUACAUCACGGUUGUAUUCCUGUGUGCAUCUACCUACACACAUUUUGUGUACGUGUAACAAACGUACUUUGUUGUUCAUAUUGUGUUUGUGUCUGUUUAGAUGAGUCCACAAAAUAAGUUGGGCCUAAGAACUGCAUUUUAGUUUGCAUGUCUACGUGUGGAAUUUGGCUUCAUGGGGUACGUACCAUGUUAUUUUCAACCAAUAGAAGGACCAGGGAUAUCUGGAACGGUCAGAGCCUGGGACUUUGCUUAUAAGAGAUGUCGACAGGAAUUGUUCCAUUCUUUUCAAUGUAUUGUUACAUUAUGCAUUAAAAAAUGAAAAAACAUACAAUUUAAAAUAUGAGGAAAUGGAAGUUUUUGUUUUUGUGCAAAUCCUAACACAUUGCAUGUUAGGUUGAGAUAUCCGAUAGAAAUUGGUAGUGAGAAUGUCUUAAGAAUUUUUAUCUUUAUACAUUUUUAUCUGUUAAGAACCAGUGUAAUUAGGCUCUAAAAUUAAGAGUAGUUCUCUUUCAUAUGGUGCAUGUGUUAAUAUUGGUCAUGCUAUGUUUGAAGUGUUGUCUAUUUUCAGUAUAGUACAUAUGAAUUAAGUAAACUCUGUUGUGCAUGCUGCAUUAUUUUGAUCUUAAAUUGAGCUUUAAAACAGUAUGUCAUUUUAUUAAUUGUAAACAUUUAAUGUUGUUUCACAUAUCCUAUUCUUCAUAUAUUUUGGCUUGGCUUAAGAUAUAAAACAGAGCCGGUUUGCUGUUAGACAGGAAACUGCAGAUGUUCAAUGGCAGCUUUUCCAUUCUUUUAAAUUCAAAUGCAGACAAUGUGCAAAUUAAGUCAUUUUAAACCCCCACAUCCUUCUUAAAGUAACAAGUGAGAUUUACAGAACCUUGUACACAAUAGGGGUCACCACAAUUUAUGCACAAUGGCUUAGUCUAAUUACAUUUUCAAUUAAUGUAUUUUUAUUCCUCCUUUAAAUAAAAUUAUAUCCUCCAUUGUAGCAAAUCCUGUUCCAGCGUAUCCUAAAAAAGAGAACUAUUAGGAAUAAGCGUACAUCACUUACAUCACUUUGAGACAGUUCUCUCAUUCAUAAGCUUUAGCUUUGAAUGAGGCUGCUGCCUCACUCUGCAGGCUGAAAAAGGCAGUUAAGGGACACUAUAGUCACCAAAUCAACUUUAGCUUAAUGAAACCGUUUUGGUGUAUAGAUCAUGCCUCUGCAGUCUCAAUGCUCAAUUAUUUGCCAUUUAGGAGUUAAAUCACUUUGUUUAUUAACUCUAGUCACACCUCCAUGUGUGUGACUUGCACAGCCUUCCUAAACACUUUCUGUAAAGAGUCAUCUAAUGCUUAUCCUUCCUUUAUUGCAAGUUCUAUUUAAUUUAGAUUUUUUUUUUUUUUAUCCCCCGCUAUAUUAAUAGCUUGCUAGACCCUGCAACAGUCUCCUGUAUGUGAUUAAAGUUUAAUUUACAGAGCAUGAGAUAAAAAAAUUUAAGGUAAAUUACAUCUGAUUGAAAGGGAAACCAGUUUUUUAUUUUCAUGCAGGCUCUGUUAAUCAUAGCCAGGGGAGGUGUGGCUAGGGCUGCAUAAACAGAAACAAAGUGAUUUAACUCCUAAAUGACAGUGAAUUGAGCAGUGAAACCCAAGAGGCAUGGUCUAUACACUAAAGCUGCUUCAUUAAGCUAAAGUUGUUUAGGCGACUAUAGUGUUCCUUUAAAUAGUUUCAAAUAUAUUUAUUAUGCUUUCCACACCCACUCCAGGGGGGUAUUUCGGGAAGUCCUGGAAAAGAUGGCAUACCUGUGCUAUCCCCACAAAAGUAAAUGUGUAGAUAGUGUGAUAAAGUAAACAGGACAGCCUCCCACUGAUCACCUCCCAGAUGGUGAUCUUACAUCAAUAGGAAUAGAAACAACAAAACAUGGGAAAUGGCUGUAUUAUCUAAAAGAGAACACAAAACAAGAUAGUGUGAUACUGUUAUAAAUUAUAUAUGUGCACUAGUAAUCUUUGCACUCACAGGAUUGAAGAUGUAAACGCAUUCAAAGGGUGCGUCCUCUGUAUGUACUCCUUUUAAGAACAGGAAUUCAGAAGAGGGUUCAUUGCACCCCAACACCAUCGAGGGAUAUGUACCCUUUGAAUGAGUUUACAUCUUCAAUUAGUUUACAUCUUCAAUGCACUAGUAAUCUUUGCACUCACAGGAUUGAAGAUGUAAACGCAUUCAAAGGGUGCCUUCCCCGAUGGUGUUGGGGUGAUAUGAACCCUCUUCUGAAUUCCUGUUCUUAAAGGAGUACAUACAGAGGAGGCACCCUUUGAAUGCGUUUACAUCUUUCCUGUGCUAGGAACCAGGAAGUGCCCUCUAGUAGCUGUCUAGUAGACAGCCACUAGAGGUGGAGUUAACCCCUGCAAUGUAAUUAUUGCAGUUUAUAAAAAAACUGCAAUAAUUACACUUGCAGGGUUAAGAGUAGUGGGAGUUGGCACCCAGACCACUCCAAUGGGCAGAAGUGGUCUGGGUGCCUGGAGUGUCCCUUUAACACAUAGUUUUAAAAAAGUGUUUGCUUUAUUUUGGUUUGUAUAUUUGUUUAAAGUGUUUGCAUGCUGGUUUAAAAAACAUGUCAUGUGAUGCGUGUCCCUUUUAAUCAAAGUACCAUAAAACCUUUUUAUGUACUCACGUGCAAACUAAAAGACAGCUUCCUGUAUCAAAUAAAAAUGAGUCAUGAUAACUAAAUGGCACUUUAUAGGUAACUACCAGUGAGAGCUUUGUGUUGCACACAACUCCCUUGCAGUGGAAGCCAACAACUGCGUUCUGCAUAUGGCAAGACGUUUAAUCCAUUCUUCAAGUGUAGUACUCGAUCAGCUUAGUCUUGUGUGGCAUCAGUCAACAUUUUUCAGUAAAUUGGAAUUUCUCAAGAAAAGGCUGCAAGGGCAAAACCAAACAUUAUGUAAUAUCCAAUUAUUAUUCUUAAAGUGGCAGUGCAUCACAAAAAUCCAUAUCUUUUAACAUUGUCAAAAGCAUAUUAAAACUAAUAUAAGCAUGUAAAUUAGUCUAGCAUUCCAAAAUAACUUAAACACUUAUCCUUCAUAUGCAAAACAUAAAUAUACUUAUAAAUGAAACUUUAUCUCAGACAGGAAGCUAAAAUUAUCCAAGAGGAAAAAACUCACAGGCACUCCAACUUCAAGCCGCAGGCAGAUUUAUUAUGACAGAAUGCAACGCAACGUUUCGACCGGAAAGGUCUUUUUCAAGCUGACACCACAUGGUGCAAAAUGUGCUUAUAUAACAAACACUAACAACUAAGAAAUCAAUCAAUCAAUUACUGCUAAUUAGUAGAAGUUCUUAAUUGAUAAAAAGGUAAUUUAAAAAGGCAUUGUAAAAGAAACAAAUAUCAAAUGUGAAAUAUUACAAUAUAUACAUAAAUCAGAUAAAUAGUGCACACUAUAUCAUUAACUUCAUACACACAAGACAUGAAUCAUUCUAUGAUCAUAUUAAUGCUAGGAAUUCUAAAAUGUGUGUGUGUGUGUGUGUGUGUGUGUAUAUAUAUAUAUAUAUAUAUAUAUAUAUAUAUAUAUAUAUAUAUAUAUAUAUAUAUAUAUAUAUAUAUAUGAUAACCUAUUAUGUCAUGAGUAUUCCCUGGUUACAAAUACUGUGCCCAUAGAGGAGAGAAGAAAUACAUAAGAAAACAGCAAAUAAAAAAAGUAAAUACAUGCAGCGUAUCCUCCAUGGUAUCCAAACGCGACCCACUUCCGGGUCUGUGAACCGCACGUGACGUCAUUGGAACGCACGUGCGAAAUCUUCCUCCGAACGGAUUGGCUGGAGGACCAAACAUAACAUCGUUCUGUGUUCAAUUCACCAUUGCACAGCCCACAUAGUGGAGUAUGUUCACUCUGCCACAUCACUAUCCCAAAGUAAAUCUUCACAGAACAUCCUAAUCAUUCAGGCAUGUUAUAUGGCACAGAUCAGGAAAAUAAAUCUAUUAGAUGUAAUAUACAAUAUAAGUAAAUAAACAGGAAUAAUAGUUAUUCAUAUAGGAAUACCAGAGAUGGAUACUUAGAAUAAUCAUUAUACCAAAUAAGAGCCAAUUCCAUAUUAAAGGUACAGACCUCAAAAGUCAAACACCUAUACCUGGCAAAGAUUAAAUAAAAAAGGAGACAGCAAAGAAAAUACAGGGACAGUGAAUUCCCAUAUGGAACAUGAGAGUCUGUAUAUAUAAGGACAGAGACUAUAUAGUCUCAUUAUAUUCUCUCAUAUAUAGGCACAGUCGACAUCAUUCCAGAUUAAAGGUACAGACCUCAAAAGUCAAACACCUAUACCUGGCAAAGAUUAAAUAAAAAAGGAGACAGCGAAAAAAAUACAGGGACAGUGAAUUCCCAUAUGGAACAUGAGAGUCUGUAUAUAUAAGGACAAAGACUAUAUAGUCUAAUUAUAUUCUCUCAUAUAUAGGCACAGUCGACAUCAUUCCAGAUUAAAGGUACAGACCUCAAAAGUCAAACACCUAUACCUAGCAGGGAUUAAAUAAAAAAGGAGACAGCAAAGGAAAUAAAGGGACCGUGAAUUCCCAUAUGGAACAUAAGAGUCUAUAUAUAUAUAUAUAUAUAUAUAUAAGGACAGAGACUAUAUAGGCAUAAGGAAUCUAUUGAUAAUCUAUGUGAGAAAAACAAGGAGAGUAUCUAAUAUCCACAUAUGGAACUCUCAAGUAGUCAGUGCUUCAAUUAAGUAACUAUGUUAAAGAAGUAAAAAGUAAUAAAGUGCAAGUGCCACAAAUCAUAAACAAAAUGAGUAAUAAAUCCAAGCAGUCUAAGUAAUCUUAUGAACACAGUGUAAAAAUGGUGAAAAACUAAUUAACUAGUUUUUGAAUAAGUGAUCCCAGUCAAAUAAUGUGAUCACAGUGUAUAACACCACAGGACGGAAAUACCAUCCUUACUGCUAAAAGUGCAUUUAUGUCCUAACAGUGCAUUCAUGUACUUAUAAUAAUAUAAUUGUGCAUUAAAUAGAGAGUAAAUGUGUCCACAUCCUAGUAGUCCCUGAGAAAUCCUAGAAGUCCCUGAAAGAUUCAGCUUAUCAUAUCGUGUAGUAGACAAAAAUAGGGUGUCUAGGAAACCAGCACCAAACAUCUAAAAAAUCCUGAAAAAUAUAAAAAAAGGAGAGUUAAAAAACAAAGAUAAAAUAAAGCAAUCAUUCCUUAAAUAAGCAUAGACAAAUCAUAUUCAUAAUUCAAACCCUUUGGGUAUAAUGUAUCCAGUUCCCGUAUCCAAUAUGCCUCACGUAACAGAAGCCUCCGAUUUCUAUCUCCCCUCCUAGGAGAUUCCAUAAUUUGUUCUAGAAUCUGGAAUCUGAGCUGAGAGACCCCAUGUCUAGCCUCUAUAAAGUGUGCCGGUAAGGGCAAAUCAGUCAAUCUAGUCCGAAUCAUGGACUUAUGUUUAGAGAAUCUCAUCUUGAAUUUCUGACUAGUUUGCCCCACAUAUAGAAGGCCACAUGGGCAUUUCAAUGCAUAGAUGACAAAGUCAGAAUCACAAGUCAAGUAUUGUUUAAUAGAGUACUUUCUACCACUCCGGGGGUGAUGAAUCACAUCACCCCGGAUCAUCGAAUGACAAGAGACACAAUUGUAACAAGGAAAAUUACCUUGUUUCACAUCAGAUAAAGUGUCAGUAGACUCAGGAACCAAAGUUUUCACUAAUUUAUCUUUCAACGAGGUGCCUCUUUUGUAGGCAAACAUAGGUCUUUGGGAAAAUUCCACAAUGUUGGGAUGACAUUGGGCAAGAAUAUGCCAAUGCCUAUAUACAAUUUUUCGUAAGUCAUCUGAAUAUCUCCCAAAUUUGGAUACAAAUUUUAACCUCUUGUCAUUCCGUUGUGAUUUAUGGGAGUGGAGUAAAUCCUCUCUAUCCUGAUCCUUCACUUGGUUGAGCUGAGUAUUAAGCAAUGGUAAAGGGUAACCCCGUUCCAUAAAUCUGGUGGUCAUCUCAUCCAGACGCCUCUCAACAGUAUCACCGUCAGAUACAAGUCUCCGGACACGGGUGUAUUGACUCUUAGGGAGGGCUUUGAAUAUAGCUGGAGGAUGAGCACUAGAGAAAUGGAGGAGUGUGUUCCUAUCCAUAGUCUUCCUAUAUAGGUCGGUGACAAGCCUAUCCUCAUGUUUUCUAAUCAAAAUAUCCAAAAAUGGUAUCUCAACCAGAUCAUAAGUCAUUGUAAAUUUGAUACUGUCCGAGCAUGUAUUCAAGAAAGUAAAAAAAUCCUCAAGGGACUCCAAUGUGCCACACCACAAUAGCAACACGUCAUCAAUAUAACGCCACCACCUAGUGGCGAAUUGUUGGAAUAAGAAAUGAGGAUAAAUCAAUGUUUCUUCCAUAUCUGACAUAAAUAUUCCAGCAUAUGUGGGUGCCACAUUGGAGCCCAUCGAGGUACCCUUCAACUGUAAAAAGAAUUGUUUUUGAAACAAGAAAUAGUUAUCUUUCAUGACAAUCUCUAAGAGCACCAUCAGAAAGUUCAAGACAUCAUCCUUAAAACCAAGUGACAUGAAUGCAGAUUUGGCAGCCGCCAGACCAGCAUCAUGUUCAAUAGAUGUAUAUAAACUUGUCACAUCCAGAGUGACAAGAACCAAAUUAUCAUUAGAUGAUAUUUCUUUAAGUUUUAGUAACACCUCAGUGGUAUCCCUUACAUACGACUUAAUAUUGCUCAAAAAAGGCCUUAAAAUGUUGUCAAGGAAUCUAGCUAAAGGUGACAACAGGGAACCUAUCCCUGCUACUAUAGGUCUACCGGGAGGUCUAGUUAAAGAUUUGUGAAUCUUUGGGAGAGUGUAUAGGGCCGGUACAACCGGUGUUGUUUCAAACAAAAACUUGAACAACUCCUUAUCAAUAAUAUGGUUGUCCAAGGCCUGUUUUAAACAAGUUUCUAUUUUCGACUGUAAGUUCAGAGUGGGGUCACCAGAUAGACGUUUGUAUGUCGUAGUGUCUCCCAAUUGUCUAAGAAUUUCGUCUACAUAAUCAACUGUAUUUUGCACCACUAUAGCACCCCCCUUGUCUGCAGACUUGAUUGUGAUUGCCUUAUUCCCACUGAGAGUAUUUAAAGCCAAUCUUUCCUUCUUAGAGAGGUUCUGCAUACCUUGGAGAUGUUUACGUAUCGGUUUGGAUGAAGUUAUAGUAUUCAAAUCCUUUUGUACCAACUUAGCAAAAACCUCAAUAGCAUGAUCAAUAGAAGGAGGGUUAAACCUACUCUUAUUCUUAAGUUUGGUAUCACUGAGUUUAAUGUCCGCAUCCCUCUGAGUAGUAGACAAUGAGGUGGGCACAGGCAUCUUAUCAAUGAAAGUUUUCAACCUAAGAGUACGGAAAAAACGAGUCAGUUCCAAGUCCAGCUCAACAUGUGUUGGUAUGUAUAAAGGGCAAAAUGUUAAGCCCUUGGAGAGGACGGACAGUUCAUCAUUAGUUAAUGUUGUAGCGGAGAUGUUAAUUACUGUAGUUUCUUUCUCUUCGGACCCAUUUUUUUGUGGUCCCAGAUGGCUGGCAGCGUGCGAUUUCUUGUGACUGCCCCCACCUCGUCGCAUCCUUCUUCGCUUGAAGUUAUUCGUGAGGAGGUGGGGGUUCUUUCUAAAAAAGAAAGAGAGCUAUCUUGGGAAUUUUCCAUCUCGGUAUUAGAUGAGUCACCACCCACACGGUGUUUCAUUUUACGUGCCUUUUUCCUUGUUGUGAGCUCUUUCUUCUUAAAGGGAUAGUUUUUCACUCUGUCACGAUUAUGCCACCGGUAUACAUUUCCCAUCUCGUAAUCCGUUCGAUCUCUCUGGAAUUUAUUACGCUUCCGCUCCUCAAUUUCUUUUUUGAGCUUAUCCACAUUCAGAUUAAUUUUGCCCUUAACCAUAGUUAAAUCCAAUCCUUGAGAGGUAUUAAUCAGUUCUGCUUCCAACUUAAUUUCUUCUUCGUUAGCCUUAGAAAUCGCUUGUUGAAGAAAUUCCAAGUUAAGGAGAAUCCAAUCCAUUGAACAUUUGUUCAAAAUAGCUUCCAGUCUAGUACAAUAUUCCACAUCAUCUCUAAAUAGGGUAGGCUGGACAUUCAUCCUCAUGCCCCUCGGUAUUCGGUGUACCUUGUAGUAUUCGGCAAGAGUAACACUAUGCAUAGUAUAACUCAAAUGUUUCUUCAGACAUUUUUCCAAAUUCAUAGAGACAUUAUCAGAAGUGGGAACUUGCAAAAAGGAAUGAUUGCUUUCAACAGCUUGGAGAAUCCGUAAGGCAUCCCCCUCUGAGUAAGAAAAAGUGCCAGAAAACACAUUCUGUUCCAUACUGCCAAAUAUUUCUAAUCCAAAUUAAAUAUACAAAAAAAUGUUUUUUGGUAUACAAAAAAUAUUUCAUUUAGCAAUUACUAAAUAAGGGAGGUGCAGGUUCCACAGUGCUGUACAUACUAUUGAGCAGAGUAAGUGAUGAGAACCGCACCCAAUCCCAGCGGCCAAGGGUGCUCCAGAGCAGGACCAGCAAUCCCAGUACAAUAAUCCAAGAGGAAAAAACUCACAGGCACUCCAACUUCAAGCCGCAGGCAGAUUUAUUAUGACAGAAUGCAACGCAACGUUUCGACCGGAAAGGUCUUUUUCAAGCUGACACCACAUGGUGCAAAAUGUGCUUAUAUAACAAACACUAACAACUAAGAAAUCAAUCAAUCAAUUACUGCUAAUUAGUAUAAUUGACUGACAGCUUCUAGAGGCGCUUGCGUGCUUCUCACUGUGAUUUUCACAGUGAGAGCACGCAAGCGUCCAUAGGAAAGCAUUGUAAAUGCUUUCCUAUGUGACCGGCUGAAUGCGCGUGCAGCUCUUUGCGCUUGCAUUCAGCCGACAGGGAGGAGGAGGAGGAGAGCUCCCCGCCCAGCGCUGGAAAAGUUUUUACCUUUCCCCCUUCCAGAGCCGGGCGGGAGGGGGUCCCUGAGGGUGGGGGCACCCUCAGGGCACUAUAGUGCCAGGAAAACGAGUAUGUUUUCCUGGCACUAUAGUGGUCCUUUAACUAAAUCUAUGGCAGGUAUUGACACCUCUGUUUUGGGGGAGAUUGUGUUUUUAACCCGAACGUGUUCCUGACCCUAUAGUGUCCCUUAAUUAAAAUUUUUAAUUCUGAUGUUUGUAAUGCAUUGCUUAUUCGUAUAUUAACUUGCAUUUUUGCAGCACGCAAGAGGAAGAUUAGUUGGGGAUCAUAUUCUUUUAUGAUUAGGAUUCAUAGUGUGUGCCAGUAAGAGGAGACCCAAGCAUUGGUAGCCAAUCGUGGGCCUGUAGUGGUUGGGGUUAAAGGGGACUCUUCAAGCACCAUAACCAACCACUAUGGUUUAAAAUGGUGUUAUUGUGCAAAGAGGCUAUGUGUGCAGUCCCUCCACUUUCUGACCAAAAACACAGAUCUUCUCGACACUAAAGUCUCUCCCCUAUUCCUCCAACAUUGCUCUUUCUUAUAGGAAAACCGUAUGGAUUAAAGUAACUUGGGAAAAUAACUGAUAAAUCCUUAUAUACAUUUUCUUUUAAUCAUUACCAUUUGUUUAUAUUCUUUGGACACAAGACAGAGCUGGAUAUUUGCAGUUAGAGACCCUAAAGUGCCUAUGUUAAUGUUCAUAUCUAAAUGAGUGUUGUUAAAAGAACAAUGUUGGCAUCAUAACUACUUCAUCUCAUUUAAGUGGUUAUAGUGUCUGGUGUUCCCUUGUGCAGUCCUUCCAUUCAGCAUUAAACAAUUUUUUUUCAUGUGUAAUGCUAAACAAUAGUCCCCAGCAAUCCAUCCCAUCUGUGUUGCUUGGACUAUGGUGGAAGUAUGAGCCUGAGCAGCAAUUGGUGGCUGUGAUUGGCUGAGAGUCAGCUGACCACAUUCAGCUUAUUACUUUGACAAUUCAGAUAUGAAUUGGGAUGGCUUCAUUGAAGUAUGUAAUCUCUGCCUUAGCCAGCGACCCCUAUUCAGUGUUAAACUACUCAAAAAAGGGACAGCGCCAGUGGAUACCAGGCACUAUGACAUAAUCAAUGAGAUGAAUUGGUUAGAGUGCCUAGAGUGUCCCUUACAGAGUCCUUGGGCUCUGAUCCCUCAGAUUUGUGUCCAUCUGUUUUUGAACUUAGACUGUAGUCACCUGAAGCCAUACCCCUCUGCUGUGGACUAGUUCAGGUAAUUUAGAGGUGGAUAUAUAUGAUGAUGUUUAGGACUGGGAUGUGCAGGCAGACUCUAGGGAUUGUAUUUAAUGUUAUUUUAAUACCACGGGAUGUAUUAUCUUAUAUAAUAUUUUAUUUUCUCAGUGUUAUCAAAUCAUAUUAUUUUAUUUACUGUUUUUAAACCGGAGCUUAGGGUUUUAUUUUCUUGUUUGUUUUUUAAUCAGAAUUGCUUUUAUUUUAGGGCAUACGUUUUACCUGCUAAAUUUAAUCCUUUGAAAAACAGUUUACCUACAAACUAUUUUCUCUGACAUCCAUAAAGUCAUAUUAUCUAUUGCUGGUUACAUGUGUUUAUGGCAGUAUAUGUAUUAUAUGCGUCUCAUCCCUUUUUUUGUCAUCUAACAGUUCACAGAAGAGAAGCUUGGCCAGGCAGAGAAGACUGAAUUGGAUGCACACUUAGAGAACCUUCUUGCCAAGGCGGACAGUACAAAACUUUGGACUGAAAAAGUAAUGAAGCAGACCGAGGUCUUAUUACAGCCAAAUCCAAGUAAGGUUUUUUUUUUUUCUUAGAUUUUUUUUUUUCUGCAAAAGGAAAACCAGAGGCUCACAUGUUUAUUAAUUUAAAGGGGCACUCCAGACACAUAAAGCUCUUCAGCUCUAUAGAGUGCUUUAUAUGUAAAGAGUGUAAUCUAUUUCACAAAAAGUGCAGAUUCCUGUAGAAAUUGGCACUUUUCUAAAAUUGCAUUUAGUAUGCCAGCAGUUAACUGGUCCUGUUAGUUCAUGGUUGUUUAACUCAAUGGGACUAAGCUCAAGAAGCAGGCAAUUGCCCUGAGUACCUACCUUGCAAAAACUUCUCAUUGAGCUGCAUUGAGAAUUGGACAGCUGCCGAAAAGUCUAGGAGGCGUUAGAAAGGGAGGACUUGCAAAGGCUUCAGACAAGAGAACUGCAGAUUUUGCCAUCUGUAUGUAGGUAUAUUUGGAAUAAAAAAAAAGCAAUUAAAUGCUUGUAUGUUGUUUUUUUUUUUUUUUUGGUUUUUUUUUUACUUUGGGUAGUGUAGUGUCCUUUCAAAAGGACACUGUAGUAACCAGAACCACUACAGCUUAAUGUAGAGGUUCUGAUGUCCAUAGCAUGUCCCUGCAGGCUUUUCAGAGAAAAGGCAGUGUUUUCAUUGCUGCCUAGUAACACCUCUUGUGGCAGUCACUCAGAUGGCCACAAGAGGGGCUUUCUAUCACAGUAUGCAGCACCUACAUUCAGUCCAGCGUCGCCAUACUCUGUAUGGAGACACUGAACGCUACACAUAGAAAUGCAUUAAUUGGCAGAAUGUGUUUUUUCAGUACCAUUCCAUUGUUUUCCUGUGUGAUUCCCACUAGAAGCAAUCUUCACAUUCAGUGAAGUUAUUCUAGUUGAUUACUUUUAUCCAGUCUUAUGAAGAAGCAUUAGGGACCUACAAUGCAUGUGUGGCAAUUGCCAGACUCCCAACAAUCGGAUGCUCCUCAUAGAGAAGCUUAGGAUUGUGUUCUGCAUUAUUGUCCUGGUCAUGAUGAUGCUAAAUGAAAAGACCUUGGACUUUCAAAAGUCUUAAGAAAAAAGAGCCUCUAAUUAAUAUGUUAAUGUUAAUCUGAUCUGAAAGUCUCUAAAGCUAUGGUUUCAGACAAGUGGUAACAUUGCUGUUUCAGAAAAAAAGGCAAUGUUGUACAUUGUUUAAAAAAAGGGACAGAAUCUGCACCAUAACCUCUUCAAUACGAUGCACUGGUUUAAAGGAACACUCCGUGCACCAUAACCACUACAGCCUGCUUGUAGUGUUCCUUUAAUGUGUCCAGAGUCAGAUAUACUUACUGACAUAUAAAACACAUUAUGACCUAGGCAACCCAUUGUUUUGGUGUAUCCCUAAUUGACCUCAUGAGCUAUUAAACUAUUUGCAAUCUAUGUUCAUAGUUUUUUGUUUACUACUAAAGUGCAGUUGUAGUUUAAUUAAAAAACAAAUUGCAAAAACUAGGCUAAAUUAGCUGUUCGACAUUAAAUGCAAAACUAAGGAAAAAAAUGAGUUGGCUCUGUCACCUCAAACAUACCUAUAAUAAUGAAAAUACAUACAUUACACAUUUAAAAAUUCCAAAUAUACUAAGGAAAGAAAAAAACAUAAAGGGACAUAUUAUAUGAUAUCAUGUCUAUGCUAUAUUCUGUAUCAACACAGAACAAAAUAUCAAACAGGCAGUUAUAAAAAUUAUAAAGAAUGUAAAAAAUUAUACAAGAUUCAUCAUAAAAAAAUAUUCACCAUAUUAAUUUUUAUAAUAGUAAUUUUUAUAAUAGUAAUUUUAGUAAUUUGAGGCUUUAAAAAGCUGGAAGAAUAAUGGACACACAGCUCUUGACAAAGUCCACAGGACGAAACGCGUUGAGCGGAUAUACAGCUGCCAGCAUCCCCACAGAAACAUUUUGGAUCAUACAACCCUAAGGCUCCUCUGAGAGAAGACCCACUAUUACCAACUGAGGUCUGGGAAGCCUGAUCCAUAUAUAAAGGGAACUUAGCCCAGGAAGGGGCUGACAAGCUCUUUUAGCACAAUUGAGACACUUUUUGUGCCACUACAUUUGUGAGUUUAUAUAUUUGUAUUUAUCAUUCUUUUAAAUGUUAUUAAAUACUUCACUAUAUACUUUAUUUUUUAUCUCUUUACAUGGUUACAUCUGUCUGCAUAUAUAUUCAUACGCUUGUGAUUGUGGCGCCCACACUGGUAUAUGUAUAUGUUUUUUUAACUAUACUAUAUAUUUAUCUAUUUAUAUUGUUAUUGGGAUUGGGAGUGAUCCCUAUCUUGGAGUGGCAAGCCUGCACUGUCUCUUGCACUUUAUUCCCACAUACUGCUCCUUUUUAAAUUGACAAGUGUAGAAAAAUACAUAAGUAGUCCCUGCUUUGACUUGUUUUAAAGAGAAAUAGAUCAGAAAGAAAAAAGAGAAAAGGAAACACUAGGAGGAAGGUAUGUUUAAGGGGACAUUUUAAGGGAAUAAUCCACCUUUAACAAGGUCAAAAAAGAGGACCACAACUAGCCCAAGUGGCAAUGUGGCAUGCACCAUUAGAGGAGAGGAGGUGGGUAGAUCUAGAGUACCUCAUGACGGGUGCAGACCUACCCCAAUACCAUAUGUGGGUACCCAUAGAUUAUAGGCCGGUCCUCCGUACAACAUAUACGGCGAUCCUAAACUCCCUUCGGGGGUCACAAAUAUAAAUUAGCAUCAAAUCCGUCGCCUCUGACCUCACUGCUGAGAAAUAGUGCUUUCCCCCCGGGCCUAACAGCAAGGGACUUUAGGAAUUUAGAGAAAGUGGGAAUACAGACGAUAUGCCAUGUGUUCGAGAACAACACUAUAGUCCCGUUCGACCACCUAAAACAGCCCAUCUCACUCCGUCGGACUUUCUUAGAUACCCGCUACUCAAAGACUACAUACACCACCCACACAUACAAAAAGCAGCCACUGGGCCGAUUACUAUCUAUGAGAAAAUGUGCCUAAACUAAUCCACACAGCCAGGCCUCCUCACUCUGUUAUACUCACACAUCUGUAAUGAAACAGAGGAAUGGGGCAUACUAACUUACACAGAAAUAUGGGAGAAAGCCCUGGGGGAGGAGCUAGAAGGCGUGGGAUGGAGGGAAAUCUGGGAGGCAAAUAGUUUGGUAUUCAUUUGCAUAUCCCUCUAGGAACAAUUGUAUAAAAUGAUGUUUCGGUGGUAUACCACUCUGGUCAAACUAUGUGAAAUGAAACAGACACCGGAUGACGACUGCUGGAGAGGAUGCAGCCUUCGAGGCACAUACCUCCACAUGUGGUGGGACUGCCCCGAGAUACAAUCAUUUUGGAAAGAGAUGCAUAAUAUAAUCUCAAAGAUCUUCCAUAGAACACCUGACUUAAACCCUUGGACAUACCUGUCGAACAAGCCCUUAGAAGACUGGAUGAAAAAAGUAAAAAAACUGAUUCACAAAGUGACUUUAGCAGCUAGGAGAGCAUUUGCACAGUCAUGGCUACAGGUCGACAGGCCUUCAUUGAAGACUGUACUCUCUAGUACAGGGGUUCUCAACUAGGGAUCGACCGAUUAUCGGUUUUACCGAUAUAAUCGGCCGAUAUUCGGUAUUCUCGGCAAUAUCGGUAUCGGCCAAUUCAGAUACCGAUAUUGCCGAUAAUACCUCCAGGGACCGCCGGGCUCAUUACAAGCCCGGCGGUCCUGGGGGGGCGGGCAGCAAGCGCUUACUCACCUCCCAGCAGCUCCCCAGUGCAACUCUCGCGAGACCCGCGGCCGUCAGAGCGUUGCCAUGGAUCACCAUGGCAACGCUCCGCGCGACACGCUGGCCGCGAGAGUUGCACUGGGGAGCUGGAGGAGCUGCUGGCAGGUGAGUAAGCGCUUGCUCUCCGCCCCCCCAAAGCUCAGCCAAUACCACUGGACCACCAGGGACUGUCAUAUCCCCCCUCCCUGGCCAGGUAACAAGCAGGGAGGGGGGACAACAAAAAUAAAUAAUAAUUAAGUAAAUAUAAUUUUUUUUUUUUUAAUAAUUUAAUAAAAAAUGCCCCCUCACACACUGCAUUAUAUACACAUACACUACACAAACACACUGCAUUAUAUACCCACACUACACAAACACACACUGCAUUAUAUACACACACUACACAAACACACUGUGUAUAUAAUGCAGUGUGUGUUUGUACAGUGUGUGUAUAUAAUGCAGUGUGCGUUUGUACAGUGUGUGUAUAUAAUGCAGUGUGUGUUUGUAUAGUGUGUGUAUAUAAUGCAGUGUGUGUUUGUGUAGUGUGGGUAUAUAAUGCAGUGUGUUUGUGUAGUGUGUUUAUAUAAUUCGGUGUGUGUUUAUGUAGUGUGUUUGUGCAGUGUGUUUGUGUAGUGUGUAUAUAAUGCAGUGUGUGUUUGUGUAGUGUGUUUAUAUAAUGCAGUGUUUGUGUAGUGUGUGUGUAUAUAAUGCAGUGUGUGUAUAUAAUGCAGUGUGUUUGUGUAAUGUGUUUAUAUAAUGCACACUACACAAACACACUGCAUUAUAUACACACACUAUACAAACACACUCUGCAUUAUAUAAACACACUACAUUCACUAUACAGACACUACACAAAUACACACACACUCUGCAUUCAUUAUAUACACACACACUUUGCAUUUAGUAUAUACAGCAUUCACUUUACACACACUACCCACACACUACACAAACACUCUGCUUUCAUUAUAUACACACUACACUAAUACACACUGCAUCCACUACACACACUAGACAAAUACACACUGCAUCCACUACACAAACACACAUUGCAUCCUCCACACACACUACACAAACACACACUGCAUCCAUAACCCACACACUACACAAACACACACUGCAUCCACUACACACACACUACACAAACACACACAGCUCCCCUGUCACACUGCAUCCACUACACGUGGCAUGUCUAUUUUGUGCAUUUACCUUUAGAAAUAGUUUUUAUUUUCCAAAAUGGUAAAUGUACAGAAUAUCGGCAAAUUAUAUCGGCUAUCGGCCUGAAAGUUCACAGAAUAUCGGUAUCGGUAUCGGCUCUGAAAAAUCAAUAUCGGUCGAUCCCUAUUCUCAACCCAGUCCUCAGGACCCCCUACCAGUACAGGAUUUGGGAUUACCUGGGUGUGUCUCAGGUGUUUAGAAAAAGGGGAAAAAACACCUUGGACUCUAAGGUGUUUUUUUUUAUUUUUUUUUCUAAACACCUUAGACACACCCAGGUAAUCCCUAAACCCUGGACUGGUAGGGGGUCCUGAGGACUAACGUUGAGAACCCCUGCUCUAGUAUAAGAGGUCUACCUCAUGGACAGCUUAACGGCCCGGGUACGGCGAUCAAUGACUAAAUUUGAAAAACUGUGGGAACCGUGGAACAAUAGCGACCUAGUAAACGUAACAGCCACAUAAGACUGAGACAGAAAUAAUAGGUAAGAUGCGACUGGCCUACACAUCCCUCAACCCUAAACCCUGGGGACACACUCCCUCUGAAAUUAAAGGGACACUAUAGUCAGGUCCCUCAAGUUUUAACCCUGCAGCUGUAAACAUAGCAGUUUCCGAGGAACUGCUAUGUUUACAUUUGGGGUUAAUCCAGCCUCUAGUGGCUGUCUUCCAGCCACUAGAGGUGCAUGUGCGACGCUGGAGGCACAUUUUGCCUCCAUUGCGCAGAGCGUCCAUAGGAAAGCAUUGAGAAAACAGCACAUAAUAAAGCAAGUGAGUAGGCCCAGGGCUGGUAUAUGGUCCUGCUAUACUAUAUGGGACAUGUCACAUGACCCUAACCGGGGUAAUACAUUGACAAAUGGCUACAUAAAAGAAUGUAAGCGGUACCACAACUUAAGAGUAACUUGGUUUGUAGACUUAUGUUAUUGUUUAAUAGAAACAUAGAAACAUAGAAUGUGACGGCAGAUAAGAACCAUUCGGCCCAUCUAGUCUGCCCAAUUUUCUAAAAACUUUCAUUAGUCCCUAGCCUUAUCUUAUAGUCAGGAUAGCCUUAUGCCUAUCCCAUGCAUGCUUAAACUCCUUUACUGUGUUAACCUCUACCACUUCAGCUGGAAGGCUAUUCCAUGCAUCCACUACCCUCUCAGUAAAGUAAUACUUCCUGAUAUUAUUUUUAAACCUUUGUCCCUCUAAUUUAAGACUAUGUCCUCUUGUUGUGGUAGUUUUUCUUCUUUUAAAUAUAGUCUCCUCCUUUACUGUGUUGAUUCCCUUUAUAUAUUUAAAUGUUUCUAUCAUAUCCCCCCUGUCUCGUCUUUCCUCCAAGCUAUACAUGUUAAGAUCCUUUAACCUUUCCUGGUAAGUUUUAUCCCGCAAUCCAUGAACCAGUUUAGUAGCCCUUCUCUGAACCCUCUCUAAGGUAUCAAUAUCCUUCUGAAGAUACGGUCUCCAGUACUGUGUACAAUACUCCAAGUGAGGUCUCACCAGUGUUCUGUACAAUGGCAUGAGCACUUCCUCUUUCUACUGCUAAUACCUCUCCCUAUACAACCAAGCAUUCUGCUAGCAUUUCCUGCUGCUCUAUUACAUUGUCUGCCUACCUUUAAGUCAUCAGAAAUAAUCACCCCUAAAUCCCUUUCCUCAAUUGUUGAGGUUAGGACUCUAUCAAAUAUUCUGUACUCUGCCCUUGGGUUUUUACGUCCAAGAUGCAUUAUCUUGCACUUAUCCACAUUAAAUGUCAGUUGCCACAAUUCUGACCAUUUUUCUAGUUUACCUAAAUCAUUUGUCAUUUGGCUUAUCCCUCCUGGAACAUCAACCCUGUUACAUAUCUUAGUAUCAUCAGCAAAAAGACAUACCUUACCAUCAAGACCUUCUGCAAUAUCACUAAUAAAAAUAUUAAAGAGAAUGGGUCCAAGUACAGAUCCCUGAGGUACCCCACUGGUGACAAGUCCAAGCUUCGAAUAUAUUCCAUUAACUACAACCCUCUGUUGCCUGUCACUCAGCCACUGCCUUACCCAUUCAACAAUAUUUGAAUCCAAACUUAAAGAUUGCAGUUUAUUGAUAAGCCUUCUAUGUGCAACAGUGUCAAAAGCCUUACUGAAAUCUAGGUAAGCAAUGUCUACUGCACCACCCUGAUCUAUAGUUUUAGUUACCCAAUCAAAAAAAUCAAUAAGAUUAGUUUGGCAUGAUCUCCCUGAAGUAAACCCAUGUUGUCUCUGAUCUUGAAAUCCAUGUGUUUUUAGAUGUUCAUCAAUCCUAUCCUUUAACAUGGUUUCCAUCACUUUCCCCACUACUGAAGUAAGGCUUACUGGCCUAUAGUUGCCCGACUCCUCCCUAUUACCUUUCUUGUAAAUGGGCACAACAUUCGCUAACUUCCAAUCUUCUGGGACUACUCCUGUUAACAAUGAUUGGUUAAAUAAAUCUGUUAAUGGUUUUGCUAGUACACCACUAAGCUCUUUUAAUAGCUUAGGGUGUAUUCCAUCAGGUCCCAUUGACUUAUUUGUCUUUACUUUUGACAGUUGAAAUAGAACCUCUUCCUCUGUAAACUCACGUGUAAUAAAUGACUCAUUUAUCCUUUUUCUCAACUGAGGUCCCUUUCCUUCAUUUUCUUCUGUAAAUACAGAACAAAAAUAUUCAUUGAGGCAGUCAGCCUGACCUUUAUCCUCUUCUACAUACCUUCCUUCUUUUGUUUUUAAUCUAACUAAUCCUUGUUUUACUUUUCUUUUCUCAUUUAUGUAUCUAAAAAAUGUUUUAUCCCCCUUUUUUACUGACUGUGCUAUUUUCUCUUCUGUGUGUGAUUUGGAAGCUCUUAUAACUUGCUUAGCCUCUUUCUGCCUAAUCUUAUAGAUCAUUUUGUCUUCCUCACUCUGGGUUUUUUUAUAAUUCCUAAAUGCUAACUUUUUGUUUUUAACUAUUUUGGCCACAUCUGCGGAGUACCACAGUGGUUUCUUGAAUUUUUUGCUUUUACUGACAAGCCUAAUGCAAUUUUCUGUUGCCUUCAAUAGUGCAACUUUUAAAUAAUCCCAUUUUUCUUGGUCAAUUUAUAUAUAAAACUGUGAUAUGUCUUGACAACUGGAACAGUGGUAAUGUUACAGAAUACUGAGAGGUACUCAGAAUGUUUCACAAUUGUUUUUUUGGACUGUACAACUUUUGUAAUGUAUACUGUAUGUUGUGAGCAUGACGAGACAAUCACACAUAAAAAAUAAAAAAAGAGGACCAGCACAUCUUAUUACUAAUCGAGAACAGUACUGCAUACCGAAACCUAAUUCUAUUUCUAAUUAGUCUUUCUUUUUAUAGAGUUACACAAAAUGUGCUAAUAUGAAAGUACUCUCUACACUGGUGACUUUUUUUUAAACUGGUUGCUUUUCCUCCUCAUUUCCAAGAUGCAAGAAUAGAAGAGUUUGUGUAUGAGAAGCUUGAAAGAAAAGCACCAAGUCGCCUGAAUAAUCAAGAGCAACUGGCUCAGUAUAUGAUUGAUGCUGGGAAUGAAUUUGGACCAGGAACAGCAUAUGGUAAGUUCUGGCAUUGCAGAAACCGCACACAGCUGGAAAGAUUAGCACCGCCUACACAGUAUAUGUUAAUGUUGCAUAAGCAGCGUUACUUCUUUUGACUUAUCUAAAAGUAAUAUAUUUUUUGAUUUCUGCAAUAUAAUGUUCAGUAUCUACAUAGGAAAGCAUAUUUUAUUGUGGAAGAAAGGCUAACACUUUGGUGGAGACAUCUGUCCUGUCACGUUUGGUGAAAUAAAAAAUAAAAAAUUCUAUUAUUUAGGUGUUACGCAUUCUGUCCCCCCUCCCUGGUAAAAGGUAAGGAGAAGGAUGGGCUGUGAAGAAACCAAGGAAGAAGGACAAGAUUUUAAAAGUGAACAUUUGUACCAAUACCUUUUUCAUUUCUUCAUUGCAAACUUGCUUUGGUACACAGAGUUUAAUUAUAUUGUUUUAAAUUCUGCAUAAAACUGGAAUCAUCUUAUGUCAAUACACUUGGUAUACAAACAUUGAGUCAUAAGCAUGAAAAACGAUAUUUAUUGCAUAUGCGUAAUCUGUUGGCUAAGCUUUCCAUAAGUAUAGUGGAAAAAUCUGCAGAGAGUAUCAGAAGACAGCUAUUUUAUUUUCACCCCCCCUUCAUUAUUGGGUAACUUGACAUUAAUCUAUUCAGCUUGUUUGUGUACACUUGAAAUGUGAAAUCUGAUUUACAAGCUGUUAUUAAUUGAGGAACAGUUUGUGUUAAAAAAAAAAAAAAAAAAUUCUGUUUGUGUUGCAGGAAAUGCUCUCGUUAAAUGCGGAGAAACCCAGAGAAGAAUAGGAGGGGCUCACAGAGAACUUGUACAAACCUCAGCUAUAAACUUCCUGACUCCCCUGAGAAAUUUUAUAGAAGGAGAUUAUAAAACUAUGGCUGUAAGUAUGCACCAGCCUUUGCAGUAUAAUAGGUUGAUGCUAGUACAUGGUACCAUAUGUCGCCACUUUGUCUGGUGGUAGCUUCCUUUAUUUAACUGCUUGGAAUUCGUGGUAGUGUUAAGGGUAACCAAAAGCAUAUCCUGUGUAUAAACCAGUGCUUGACAACAUUGUUCUUUAUUUAUGAGUCAAACCCUAGCACAUAGAACACAGCCUAAGUAUAGAAGCCUCUCUUUCAUGUACCCAGUCUGACUGGAAGCUGUUAGUUACUCUGUGAGCACUAGCUGUCAGACUGGGUAGGGGGAUACAGAAGUUCCUCUUCCGCGGUUCGUCUGCUUGGCCACGCUACAUGCCGUGUCUGGCAGGCUGGUAGCAUUGUUCAGUGCUCUCCCCUUUUGGUCGUCAACCCUAGAACGCGCCACCUGGCCAUAGUGCCAUUCAGUCCGUUCUUGAAUGGCUCCCUCCUAUUAAGUGGCACCUGUGGCGGGCUGUCCCCCUCUUAGUAUGCCAUUGAUUUAAAGCAGUGGUAGUCAACCUGAUCCCUACCUCCCAUCUCCCCUGCCAGCCAAUGCAGAGCCAGCCUUGCUGUAAGCCCUCUUGAGCUGGUGAGGAGAUGAAAGAUCUCCCUCAACGGCCUGCUAGCACUUCGUUUCAGCAGAGGGAAGAACCUGGGAGGCUCUGGGUUCCUCCCGCAAGCAGGCUGGUUGAUGCGUUGCCACAUGCUACCAUGGCAACGUUCCGAUACAGUGCUGUGCUCACAGGAGGACAGGAGAGUCAGCCUAAAGCUGGAGGAGUUGCAGGCUAAAGCGAACAUGCCACCACUGGACCACCAGGGCUUGCAGCAUUAUGUUCCCACUACACAAACACACACACACACUGCAUUAUAUAUACACACACACACACACACUGCAUUAUAUAUACACACACACUGCAUUAUAUACACACACACACUGCAUUAAACACACACACACACUGCAUUAUAUAUAUAUAUAUAUAUAUAUACACACACUGCAUUAUAUACACACACAAUGCAUUCACUUUACCCACACUACACACACUGCAUUAUAUACACACACUACACAAACACACACACUGUAUUCACUAUACACACUACAUAAACACACAUUCUGCAUUCACUAUACACACUACACAAACACACACUCUGCAUUCACUAUACACACUACACAAACACACUACAUUCACUAUACACACUACACAAACACACUCUGCAUUCAUUAUAUACACACACUAAACAAAUACACACUGCAUCCACUACACACACUUCAUCCACUACAUGUGGCAUGUAUAUUUUGUGCAUUUACCUUUUAGAAUUAGUUUAUUUUUUCAAAAUGGUAAAUGUACAGAAUAUUGGCAAGUUAUCGGCUAUCGGCCUGAAAGUUAACAGAUUAUAAGUAUCGGUAUCAGCUCUAAAAAAAAAUCAAUACCGGUCAAUCCCUAGUUAUGGUGCCAGGAGUGCCCUGGCAUGCCCCUAUUGUAAGUAAUCAAACCAGUUUUAAAUGGUUUAUCUUGUUACCUAAGGUAGGCUGGGCACCUCUCCCCCCACCACUGAGGUUCCUAGACCGUUCAGGGCUUAGCACAUUGGUUGAGAUGGUCAGUGGAUGCGUGGAUUGGAGUGUUCAUUUAAAGUAUAAAAUAAAUCUAUGCAUGUGUAUCUCAUAAAGCUGUCAAUGGUUUUCCUCUGCCUGUUUGUUUGAUAUUGGAUCAUGAUUUUUAAUGAAAUAGCAGUUUCCAUUGUGUGGUAAUUUUCAGAAAGGGAGUGAAUUGAGCAGGUAUACAGUCUAAAUAUCUGGUGAUUUACAUUGUUAACCGAUUAUCAAUUAAGAUAAUAUAUUUCACAAUGAAUAGUAUUCUUAAGCCAAUACUAAGCACACAUAAAUACCUUAAUGCAACUUCCAGUUACAAGUGCUAUGGAUAAUAAACUCUCAUGGGUGGGUUUUUGAAGAUUCCAGAAUUGGUUAUUUGUGGCUUUUUGUUGACUUUCUUACUAUCACUAUGUCACAUGGUGAGAAGAAAGAAAUCCCCUAGUCACCAAUUACAGGGAAAGAAAACAAUGUCUCUAUUUAUUGAACCCUUUUCUCGUUUUCAUAGAAAGAAAAGCACACUGGCAUUAAAAUUAUUUAUAAGUGUUUUUUAGUUCAUCAUUUGUGGCUGGGACAUAGGAAAGCCUGCGAGUCGUAAAUAUGUGUAAUUUGGAGUAGAAAAGAGCGAGAGAGAAGCAUCAGUGGCAUCAAAGAUCACGAGAGUAUGAUCUGAAGCCUAGAGAGAGGGUGAUUUAGGAUAAUGACAUGAAAUAUAAAUUAUUUCACCGAGCACGUUUUUUUCAAUGGGUCAGGCUGACUCAGCCUUACGAAGCAAAACGUUUUUAUAAAAGAAACAAAACACUUUAUACCCAGUUGUAACCUAAGCCAGAUGCUGAACCGAAUGCUUAGUUGCCUGCUGUGCCCUUUUAAGUUUAAGUACCUAUACAUUUCUGCUAGUUAAGCAAAGUAUUAUGUGAUUGAAAAUUGCUCAUUCCAAACUCACUUUGUUACCAAAUAUCUGAUCUCUUCUAUUCUGUACAGGGACGUAACUAGGAACCACGGGUCUCAUGGCAAGAAUCAAAGAAGGGGGGCCCCCUUAUCGCCCCUUUUUGCUUCCCCCUUAGCAGUAUAUCUGCGUGGGGCUUGGCUGAGUGUGAUUGUGCGGGGCUUGGCUGAGAAACAUAUGUAUGUUGGAGUUGGUGGAGUGUGACUGUAUAUGGGAGUUUGCUGCAUGUUAGUGUGGAGUUAUAUGCCCUGCUUGCGGACAUGUCCCCAACAGAGCUAUCCUCUGUGCUGAUGCGAUCAUACUGGCUUCACUGCCAGGACAUUGUCAUCAAUGCAUCCUUUACUCCCCCAGCAGAAGUAGGAAAUUCCUACUGGCGAGUAACACCGUGUCAGGGAGCAAGAGGACCACCUGUCACUCAAUAUAUGGCAUUAGAUCCUGUGUGCAUCUGGCACACCAGUCUAAUGUUCAAGAUUCAUUGACAGGUAAAGGAGGGACCAUAAAAUCUAUACAUUUACUAACAUAAUGUACAGAUGUCAUUUAGUGCUAUUUAAUAUACAGUUUUUUUUAUAUAGACUUUUUAAUAUAAGGCACAUUUGUUAAUAUUAUAUGCAUGUACAUAUUUAUGCUUUGUGUAUAUGUGUGUAUGUGUAUGUAUAAUAUAUAUGUAUGUGUAUAUAUAUAUACAUACACACACACACACACACACACUGAUCAGCCACAACACAAAAAAACACCUGUCUAAUAAUAUGUAGAUCCCACUUGUGCUGCCAACACUUUGAUGCGCCGAAGCAUGGACUCCACAAAACCUCUAAACGUGUUUUGUGGUAUCUGGCAGAUCCUUAUUAAAGGGAAACUCUAGUGCCAGGAAAACAAUCCGUUUUCCUGGCACUGCAGGUACCCUCUCCCUCCCACCUCCCAUCCCAGGUAGCUGAAGGGGUGAAAACCACUUCAGGUCACCUACCUGAGAUCCCGCCGAUGUCCCUCGGCGGUGGUUUCGGGUUGGCGUCGCUCCUCCCAGUAAUUACGUCAGCCAGUGGGCGAGACUGAUCCCGCCGCCUGCUGAGGAAACCUAAUUCGGUCUCCCCAUAGGAAAGCAUUGAAAAUGAUUUUCAAUGCUUUCCUAUGGGGAAUUGAGCGACGCUGGACGCUCACACAGCGUGAGGACGUCCAGCGACGCUCUAGCAAAGAAAAUCUUUGCUAUGAAGCAGGAAGUGCCCUCUAGUGGCUGUCUAGUAGACAGCCAUUAGAGGUGGAGUUAACCCUGCAAUGUAGUUAUUGCAGGUUAUAAAAAACAGCAAUAAUUACAGUUGCAGGGUUAAGAGUAGUGGGAGUUGGCACCCAGACCACUCCAAUGGGCAGGAGUGGUCUGGGUGUCUGGAGUGUCCCUUUAAGUCCUGAAAGUUACGAGGUGGGCCUCCAUGGGUCGUAUUUGUUAUUUCAAAACAUCCCACAGAUUGAGUUCUGAGGAAUUUAAAGGCCGAGGCAGCACCAUCUCUUGUUCCUCAAACAUUCACGAACAAUUUUUGCAGUGUGGCAGGGUAUAUUAUCCUACUGAAAGAGGCUACUUCUAUCAGGUAACCCUAUUGCCAUGAAAGGGUGUACAUGGUCUUCAAAAAUCUAUAGCUAUGUGGUAUGUGUCAAAGUAUCAUCCAUAUGAAUAUCUGAACCCAAGAUUUCCCAGCAAAACAUUGCCCAGAACAUAACACUGCCUCCUCCAGCCUGCCAUCUCUCUCCCAAGUAAAAGACGCACACGCGCCUGUACAUCCACCUGGUCUAAAAGAAACCGUGAUUCAUCAGACCGGGCAGCCUUCUUCCAUUGCUCCAUAGUCCACGUCUGACGCUCGCUUCACACAUUGAAGGUGCUUUUGGCUGUGGAUAGGGGUCAUCAUGGGAACUGUGAUCGGCCUGUGACUAUGUACGCUCAUAUGCAGCAAACUAGUUGCACUGCGUGUUUUGACACCUUUCUAUCGUGGCCAUCAUUAAGGUUUUUUUUUUUGUUUUGUUUUUUUAAAUCAAUUUGAGGUACAGUAGCUCUUCUGUGUGAGGGGAAGAGACAGGCUAGCCUUCACACUUUGGUAGGUACUAACCACUGCAUACCAGGAAUACCCACAAGACCUGUCGUUUUGGAGAUGCUCCGACCCAGUCACCUAGUCCUUGUCAAAGUCACUUAGAUCUUUAGUCCUCCUGCACUGCCUUAUGUCUACUGGGGCUGCUCUGAUCUUCAUGUUCUUCCAGCAGUGCUCCCUUCAGUGAAGCCUAGGCCGACAGGAGUGACAUGAUAUCCCUGCUCCUGGCAACACUGCAGGGCGUGUGAGAGGUAUCUUUGCUGCCAGAGCACGAAGAUAAGGGUUUCCUCAUACAGGUAGGCAGGUGCCUACUGUGCCUUUAGCGUAUAGCUGAUUUUGUGCCUGCCUUAUGGGGUGGUUGGCUGUUCUUGGGCCUUCUGUGCAAGAAGAUCAAAGAAUACCUUUGCUACCAACUGUCUGCAAAAGGUAUGCAUAUGCUGAGUUACAGAAAUAAUGGAUACUUGGAUGGUAUAAGGUAGUUGUACCAGCCUUAGCAAAGCUCCUCUUUUUAUAAGAAGUGACUUACAGGGCCACUGGACAUGAUUUUUUUUUCUUCUUUAAACAAGGCUUUCAAAUGUAGCCAAAAUGUCUCAAGCUAGCAUGCUUGCAAAUUGCAUGCUCUUUUUCUCUUCACAUUACUUACACCUGAAGUGUUACAAUAGCAUUAUUUUCCAUACCUUUUAUAACAUUGUCAUUUUUAUAACUUUUGGAUGCGUUAAAUAUGCCAUUUCUAUUAUAGAGGCAAUAUUUUUGAAAGGUAGCUGAAAAUUCCUUAUCUGCCACUUGUCUGUUUGUGUUACUGCACAGUAAUUUUAAACUUCACUGUCUGCUUUCUUUUUGAACCUCAGAGAGAGAAGAAAUUGUUGCAAAAUAAAAGGCUGGAUUUGGAUGCAGCUAAGGCUCGCCUGAAAAAAGCCAGGACUGCAGAAGCAAAAGCAGCAGUAAGUAGAAAUUUUGACAAAAGACUGGAAAAAAAUGUCAGCCUGUUCUUUGUGGUUAAGUAUACUGAACAGCUGACCUGACAAUCUGCAGCAUUUUGUGGUGAACAAUUGGAAAGUCCUGGAUUAGUUGUGUAGAUACAGUUUCUAAUGUGUAAAAAGCACAGGCAAAAUAUAGAUGCAGUAGAUACAUUCUAGAAAAGGUAUCAUACCCCAUACAAGCAAUCAGAUUUUUGAAUCAUUCAUUUUUUUUAUAUACACUUAAGUUUAAUUCAUGGUUAUUGGUAAAUACACAUUUAAGAAAGGAAACAACAAUGUAACAACAAAAACCUUUGCACUUGGUGUCUUCUGGCUCCAAACCUCCCGUGACUCCAAGAAAAAAGUUCCCUGCACCUGGUACUUUUACCGUUGUGGCAUGUUUUCAUGCAUAAUAUGUACUAAUAAUGAGUAAUUAGAACAACUUUAUUAGACUUUUCCACGUCCAAAGUGUGUGUUAAACUCUUUCCCUUGCCAGAAGUGUCUUCACUACAUCGGGGGAAGACAUUUUUCCCAUCUCAUCUGUUUAAUUAUUCCUCAACUAGUUUUUCUUAUGUAUUUUCUUCAGCUUGACAAAACCUGAAAGGCUGAGCUUAAUUCAAGUUCCACUGCCUUUGUCAAGACAAGUUUAACCAUAAUGACUGCUUGCCUGUCAUGUCUGUCACACUAACAUAUGUGAAGUUCACAUGACCAUUACAGUAGAGACAGCAGUAGUCAUGCGCUUGACUUGUUGCGCAUGGAGAGGGAGGGUCAAAGAAGGCAAAUAAUUGGUGUCACUGCCAGGCUGAGGUAGAUUGCGGCUGGAAAAAAAAGAUCUGGCGCCAAGAUAAAUUGUUGACUAAAAUGUAAACAGGUGGGACUAAGUGGACAAAAAAAUGACAAUAGGGGGAAGUUAGGACACAUAGAGUUUGAGGAAGUGGUAGGGAUAUAUAUACAUACAUCAUAGUCCAUGACAGAGCCACUUGAAAAUAGUAAAUAAUGUUACAAGUUAGGGAUUUAUUUACUUUGCCACUUUAAAGAAACACUAUAGGGUAAGGAACACAAACAUGUAUUCCUGACCCUAUAGUGCAAAACCCACCAUUUAGGUGGCUUGACUCCCCCUCCCCCUCUUAGCCCCCUUAAAAGUUAAUAAAACGCACCUUAUUCCCAGCACCGAGCAGGUCUGCCGGAGCUGGCUCCGCCCCCAUUGGUGUCAUCAGAAUUGCCCAUGGGGAAAGCAUUGGAUUGGCUAAAAUUGGCAAGGGGGCAGGGCAAAACACCAUUUUGGCCAAUCAGCACCUCCUCAUAGAGAUGCAUUGAAUCAAUGCAUCUUUAUGAAGAAAAUUGAGCGUCCACAUGCAGAGCGUGGGGACGCUGAACGGCAGAGCUGCCUACUGUGCAGCACUGACCCAGGAAGCACCUCCAGUGGCCAUCUGAAAAAGCAGUGUUUGCAUGCAAAUGCAUGCAUAUAAUGAUUCUACUCACCAGAACAACUACAUUAAGGUGUAGAUGUUCUGGUGACUAUAGUGUCCCUUUAAGAUGUUUUGUUUUUCAUUAGAUGUGUUGAGAAAAAAGUUUUACUGUGCAUAUUUACGGAUUCUUUAUAUCUUUUGUCUGUGUGUGCUUAAGCAAGUAGACAGCCCUCUGCCUGAAGGAGAUAACAGCUUUAUGGUAAACUUGUCUUACAUGCUCAGCGUGUUGCAUGUAAAAUGGCUAAAGGUUUGUUGGCCUACAUCAAAACCUCAUUCUGUCCAUCGUGGGUUCUCUUGCAUGUUAAACCAUUAGGCACAUGUUAAAAUCUGCCACACCAGUCUCUGCUGGACUUUAUCAGUUGCUGAUUUUUUUUAUUUUUUUUAUGUGUUUUAGAUUAUGAAUUCUUUAUAUUGGAAACCAAGAUUUUUGUUAUUUAUGAUUAAUAUAUGUAAAAAAAAUUAAAAAAAAUUAAUUGGUUCCCGUAUCCACUGCAAGAGAAUUCACAUCUUCAUAUAUUUUGUAAAUGUAGCUGUAAAUGAGGAAAUAGUCUGUCGUUUGUUCAUUUAUGACAUUUCCUAGUGCCUCUGUAGUUACCAUUGCAGCUUUGUUUUCAAAAAUGAAUUACAGAUUGUAAAGAGUAAAUACAAACAUCACUUCAUCCCAUCGGUAUUUUUCCUGUUUGCGUUUUACACCAUCUUGUUCAUCUGCUAGAUAUUACUCUUACGCUGCCAGAGGAUAGGACACUGUAGAACAAUCAGUUGAUUACGAUGAUGGCAACAAUGCAAAUUGAAAAGGAAUUCUGUGCUCAUGCGUUAAACUUUAUUCACUAAACUAUGAGAUGCCGUGAGUCUUUACAUGUUGGUGAUCUGCUCACCCCAACCACUCUUUAAUGGUUAAAUACAUAUGGAUUAAGCCUUUCCGUAACCUCGAUCUAGUUCCUAAAUGACUGCUCUGGUUCACUGGUAGUUCCCUUUUUCAAUUUAUUGCUGCAGGUUUUUUUUUGUCUAGUGCCACAAAGGAGUUUGUGUGUGUGUUAUCCUAGAUAACCUCAUUUCUCUCCAGCUGCAUUAUUUAGAUACAAUCCUGUUUUUCUUUCAAAUAAGACACCAUAGUCUGAUACAAACCAAGCAUGACAUUUUAACCCAAGUGUAUAAUCUGCAGAUCUUGCAUUUCUGGAAAAUCUAACUCGUUUAUUUAAAGAUUUUGGGAAGAUGUAGUUGAUGUCAUUCAAUUGACGUUAAAAGCUUUUACCUGCCCAUUGCCUCAGUAAGUGGCAGUGUCUGUCCUAUAUUUGCAUUUAAAAUAUAUUUAUAACAACACACAUAUAGUCUUAAAAAAAAAAUAUAUAUAUAUAUAUAUAUAUAUAUAUAUAUAUAUAUAUAUAUAUAUAUAUAUAUAUAUAAAAUAUAUAUAUUUAUUUUGUCAGUAGUAAUUUAGCUUUUUUAGCAUACAUUGUUCAUACUAGUUAAAGCAAUGGGCUUCAUAUUAAGUUGUGUAUUAUAUAUUUUUAUUUUAUUUUAAUGCUAAUCAGAUGUGGACCGAGGAGGUAACAAAGGUGUGAAUAUAUUCCAAUAUUCUAUUAUAAUGACAUUUGAUACCUACACCUUCUGUGCUGUAUUAUUUGCACACACAUUUGCACCGAACUGAACAAUUGUUUAGGUGGCAUACUAAGCACCAUAACGACUCCCCAGCACAGAAGUGGUUAUGGUUCCAGAAGUCCCCUGGUGCAGUCCCACAAUAACUAGUCAUAAUGUUUUUUGUGUAUUAAAUUGGCAAUUACCAGAGACCCACUGGGUGCCUGCAAACAGGUCUUCUAUUAAGAAAUUAUUAAAGCGUUCAAAUAGAACAAAACAAAUGUAUCAACUAUUUGCUUGAGGUGGGACAGCUUCAAGGGAUUCCUGGCACCCAGAAUCACUGCAGAGCACCACUUUGACUGUAAUACAAAGUGUUACACCACCAAAAAGGACUGUGAUUUAAGGGAUUUAAAAAUAUAUAAUUGUUUUAUGUAUAACAGAAAUGGUGAUGCUUAAAGAAAAUCUGCCAUAAAAAUAUACGUUAUUUAAACUUUGACUUAAGGAUUAUAAUGUUACAUUUAGAUUGAAAUAGAUGCAUUUCUGUGAAAUCACAGCUUUCCCUUGUGUUCUGCACUGAAUAAGUAUAUUGAAUGAAAUUCUAAAGGCAGAGUCUCUGAAAAGGCAGCAGCGUCUCUGAAAAGGCAGCAGCGUUUACAUUGGAGAGGCUACACGGACAGGCCGUAGGCACCUGAACAACUAUAUUAAGCUGUAUUUAAGAAUUGGAUAUUUCUCGUAAAUUAAACUUCACUAGUUUUAAAAAAACAAACUGUCUCCUAGAUUCUGAACAAAUAUGUCAAGUCCUGUACUAAGAAAUAUUUCACAUUGUAUAAUGACUUUUAAUUAUAAACGUAUUUUGAUACAGCUAGAAAAUGCUAAACCGGUACAAACUUUAUGGCAAGCACCAUGUCUUAGCUUAUGAAACCACAGUUUGAAGGAUCAGUUUGACUGCAUACAUUCUAUAUGUUAAAACAUGGAUAUGUGAUAUGACCAGUAUUGCUAAGUUUGGGAACAUUCCUCGUGACUGAGUUAAUAUAGAAAUCCACAUGAUGAAUCAUGUUUAUAACUGAAAUUUUCUUUUUCAAGUCUGAACAGGAGCUCCGAAUCACUCAAAGUGAAUUUGACCGGCAGGCUGAAAUUACCAGACUUCUGUUAGAAGGAAUAAGUAGCACACAUGUAAGUAUUUUGUGGUUUUCAGGAAAAGUGAGUGCAUGGUUCUUUUGUAUUUCUUCUCUACUGUAUACUGGUGACCUUGUGUCAGGACCAUAGGGUCUUUCGAUAUGUCGAGUCUGCGCCUCCACUUAGCACAGAAGAUUGCAAUGUCGUCCUUUUUAUUUCUUCAGUCAGGUGUGCCCCUAUACAGUGGCAAUAUGCACUUUUCAUUUGUGCCACUAGAUUAUUGCAAUAAUACUAAAGAUAACUUUGAAACAUCUAUAGAAUUUUAAUUGGACAGAAUGAAACUAAAAGCUUAGCUUAGACUGGAUAAGCCUUAUUUUACCUUUGAGUAUAGAACGCUGAAUAAUUUGAAAACUCUUGUAUGUCCCAGGUAGAACAUUAUAGAACAAUACUUGGUGUCAAAGAGAAAACUGAUGCAAAGGGUCAUUCAGUUGAGGAAUAGUGUUAUUAUAUUGCAAAGUCUAACAUCUGCAACAUGAGUUAACAUCAUUAACUCUCUGUGCAAGGUUUUACUGCAGCUAGAAAAACUAUCGAGCUCUGCAGAUUACAGUUUUAUAGGUAAUUAUUUUAGCUCUAAAAGUAAAUGUUGUCAUGUGAAAGGGAUGAAAACACCGCCAAUUAAGAGGUGAUUUGCCAUAAAAGAAUCACACCUUAAAUGUAAAGGAUAAAAAGCCAUUUCAUGUUUAUACAUAUAUAGUAUAAAUGAUUUACUUUGUCUAUAAACAUGCUAACUGGACUCUUUCUAAUCCAUGAGCAGCCAAAAGUUAGCUUCUCUAUUCUUGUAGAAAGAUGACUUCCAAGAUACUUUGCCAGACUUAAGGAAAAGGAUCUGUGUUGAGGCCACCCAUGCUAUAACCCACAUUUGGUUUCUUUUGCCAAGUGUAGAUUUUAGUAUAGUAUCAAUUCUUGGAGGACUUGAUGGCUGUAUAUGAAUACAAAUAUGAUUAUUUCCAAACCUGUACCUUAAUGUAUCCAAUACAGGCACAUCAUCUUCGCUGUCUGAAUGACUUUGUGGAAGCCCAAAUGACUUAUUUUGCACAAUGUUAUCAGUACAUGCUGGACCUCCAGAAGCAGCUUGGCAGGUAAACCUUUUUACUGAUAACAAUGGCUGAUCUUUUCACUUAAGAAACACUUAACAAGGAUGUAAGUAUAUGCACUCAAGGCAGCAACUAAUUCCACACAGAAAAGAGUCCUCAUUUUCAUCUCUUUGGAUCAUGGAUUUUUUUAACUGUGCUGCUGUUGCUUAGUAAUUCCUCUAAAAAACGUUGGUUAUUUUUAAACUUUUAAGGCGGUCAUUUUUUAUGAAUGUACUGAAAGCUGGUAGUGCAUGUAUUGUCACUAGAGAUUAGCAUAUAUUUGUAUCUAUUCUAAACCAUGUGUAAAUGUGAGAAAUGACCAUUAAAGGGAGAAUAUAGGCAAACUGCCACUUAUCUUAAUGGCCCCCCCCCCAUUUUUACCCUUCAUAUGGUAAGGUAUGUCUUUUUGCUGGUGAUACUAAGAUAUGUAACAGGGUUGAUGUUCCAGUAGGGAUAAACCAAAUGGCAAAUAAUUUAGGUAAACUAGAAAAAUGGUCAGAGCUGUGGCAACUGACAUUUAAUGUGGAUAAGUGCAAGAUAAUGCACCUUGGACGUAAAAACCCAAGGGCAGAGUACAGAAUAUUAUAUAUAGUCCUAACCUCAACAUCUGAGGAAAGGGAUUUAGGGGUGAUUAUUUCAGAUGACUAAAAUGUAGGCAGACAAUGCAAUAGAGCAGCAGGAAAUGCUAGUAGAAUGCUUGGUUGUAUAAGGAGAGGUAUUAGCAGUAGAAAGAGGGAAGUGCUCAUGCCAUUGUACAGAACACUGGCGAGACCUCACUUGGAGUAUUGUACGCAGUACUGGAGACCGUAUCUUCAGAAGGAUAUUGAUACUUUAGAGAGAGUUUAGAGAAGGGCUACUAGACUGGUUCAUGGAUUGCGGGAUAAAACUUACAAGGAAAGGUUAAAGGAUCUUAACAUGUAUAGCUUGGAAGAAAGACGAGACGGGGGAUAUGAUAGAAACAUUUGAAUACAUAAAGGGAAUCAACAUAGUGAAGGAUGAGACUAUAUUUAAAAGAAGACAAACUACCACAACAAGAGGACAUAGUCUUAAAUUAGAGGGGCAAAGGUUUUAAAAAUAUCAGGAAGUAUUUCUUUACUGAGAGGGUAGUGGAUGCAUUGAAUAGCCUUCCAGCUGAAGUGGUAUAGGUUAACACCGUGAAGGAGUAUAAGCAUGUGUGGGAUAUGCAUAAGGCUAUCCUAACUAUAAGAUAAGGCCAGGGAAUAAUGAAAGUAUUUAAAAAAUUGGCCAGGCUAGAUGGGCCGAAUGGUUCUUAUCUGCCGUCACAUUCUAGGUUUCUAUGUCUAUAUGAAAAUAUUGUGGUUUUGAAUUACCACACAUGUGCAUUAACCUUCCUAUGGGACACUCUCAGCUAAGCUUUCCCAUAGAGACUGGUGCUACGAAAGGGUAAUUAAACAAAAAACCUUAACAGCCAACAGACCAUUAUGAAUAAAAUAAAAAUAAUUAAAAAAAAAAAAAAGUCCUUCUUAAAUUACCAAUACUGCUCACUUACAAUGUCAUUCCCAAAUUGGAAUAUUUAUAUUAUUGACCAUAUACAUUACUGGCCCAAACACCUGUUGUUCGAUAGGUAAUCUGGUGUUUACCUCCAAUAGGCUCUGCCUACUUUGUCCCUUUCACAGGUGAUCUUGCAACUUUCCUUCCCCUGAAGGAAAUGAAUGGUGAGAAUGUGAUGUGCACUUAGCAUGUCCACUAUUUUCUUUGUUUCUUUUGUUUUUUCAACUGUCUAUUUCAGAUAUAAUCCACACAUAAUCAUCUCACCUGUUUUCUUUCCCUGACAAAACAAUUUUUAUUUUAGUUUAAAACCUUCUACUUAAAUGAGAUUGCCUUGAAACACAGCAAGAAAUAUCUGAUGGUAAUUUUAUGUGUUUGGUUUUAACAGCUUCCCAUCGACGUUUGCAUCCAACAAUAAUCAGUCUUCCUUAACGCCUAUGCAAAGUGUUACUCUUCCUUCAGUCUCUGCCGGGAUAAAACUUACAAGGAAAGGUUAAAGGAUCUUAACAUGUAUAGCUUGGAAGAAAGACGAGACGGGGGAUAUGAUAGAAACAUUUGAAUACAUAAAGGGAAUCAACAUAGUGAAGGAUGAGACUAUAUUUAAAAGAAGACAAACUACCACAACAAGAGGACAUAGUCUUAAAUUAGAGGGGCAAAGGUUUUAAAAAUAUCAGGAAGUAUUUCUUUACUGAGAGGGUAGUGGAUGCAUUGAAUAGCCUUCCAGCUGAAGUGGUAUAGGUUAACACCGUGAAGGAGUAUAAGCAUGUGUGGGAUAUGCAUAAGGCUAUCCUAACUAUAAGAUAAGGCCAGGGAAUAAUGAAAGUAUUUAAAAAAUUGGCCAGGCUAGAUGGGCCGAAUGAUUCUUAUCUGCCGUCACAUUCUAGGUUUCUAUGUCUAUAUGAAAAUAUUGUGGUUUUGAAUUACCACACAUUUGCAUUAACCUUCCUAUGGGACACUCUCAGCUAAGCUUUCUCAUAGAGACUGGUGCUACGAAAGGGUAAUUAAACAAAAAACCUUAACAGCCAACAGACCAUUAUGAAUAAAAUAAAAAUAAUUAAAAAAAAAAAAAAGUCCUUCUUAAAUUACCAAUACUGCUCACUUACAAUGUCAUUCCCAAAUUGGAAUAUUUAUAUUAUUGACCAUAUACAUUACUGGCCCAAACACCUGUUGUUCGAUAGGUAAUCUGGUGUUUACCUCCAAUAGGCUCUGCCUACUUUGUCCCUUUCACAGGUGAUCUUGCAACUUUCCUUCCCCUGAAGGAAAUGAAUGGUGAGAAUGUGAUGUGCACUUAGCAUGUCCACUAUUUUCUUUGUUUCUUUUGUUUUUUCAACUGUCUAUUUCAGAUAUAAUCCACACAUAAUCAUCUCACCUGUUUUCUUUCCCUGACAAAACAAUUUUUAUUUUAGUUUAAAACCUUCUACUUAAAUGAGAUUGCCUUGAAACACAGCAAGAAAUAUCUGAUGGUAAUUUUAUGUGUUUGGUUUUAACAGCUUCCCAUCGACGUUUGCAUCCAACAAUAAUCAGUCUUCCUUAACGCCUAUGCAAAGUGUUACUCUUCCUUCAGUCUCUGCCGGCGCUUCAUUACCUGACAUGAGUAAUUCUAUAGUUACAUCAGGCUUCAUUGAACUGAAAGCAUCGAACGGCAGCAGAAAGGCCAGAGUUCUCUAUGAUUAUGAUGCUGCAAAUAGCAGUGAAUUGUCGCUUCUCGCGGAUGAGGUAAGAUUUUCUGUUACACACCUCACUGCUCCAACUAGACAAGCUAAUCAACUUUCCACAUAAAAUUAAAUAUUGCACAUAAAGUGUUCUCAUUUAUCCUGUGAAAUUUUACAGGAUAAAGCACAAAUUUACCUUUUUCAGACCUUCAUGUUGUUAAAUAUACCAUGGGAUAGUAUUCAAUCAGGUAUCGCAAUUUGGAGUACAGAAUUGGGAUGUUUUACAUAUCUACUGUGCUCCCUCCUCUAAGCCCCCACACCCCCCAUUACUCAGGUGAAUAGCUAUCACUCAGUUCCCUUUGUGCAGGCUUCCCCAAACUCUGGCCCUCCAGAUGUUGCUGAACUACACCUCCCAUGAUUCUAUGAAUGAAAUAGAUAGGGUGAGAAUCAUGUGAGCUAUAGUUCAGCAACAUCUGAAGGGCCGGAGUUUGGGGAAGCCUGCCUUUGUGUGUUUCUCCCUCGUCCUUUUAGAUUGCAGACUUGUUUGAGUAGCUCUCUCUUCACAUACUGUUCCUGUAUGUUAUUAGUGUUUUGUGCGCCUUGUUUACCUAUGGUGCAGCAUUGUGAAAUAUGUUGGUGUUAUAUAAAUAAUGGAAAUAUAUAAGCAUGAGCAUAUUACACAGCAUUGCACAAUGGAAUGCAUAUUGUUUUUACAAAAAAGAUGACACAUAUAACAUGAUAUUUAUGCAUAGGUGCCUUCACAUACAUGUCUGGAACCAGCAACAAUAGUGUGUCAAUUUAAGUGAGGUCUUUGUAAUUCAAAAUGUUUAAUUUUAUGCUCUCUAAAAUCUCAGUACUUCUAGGAUUUAUUUUCUGUCUUAGUUUAUGUUUCCAAACCUCUACAGUGCUAGAAACAUUUUCAUAAAUUGUAUGAAAAUAUAGUACUACAAAAAUGCACACAAUGGACACUUGUCCUUAAACCCGUUUAUGACAUUCUCACCCCACCAGAUGUGUUCAUGCAUUAUUAAAACAUGUUCUAAAGUAAAAUGUUUCGUGGUAAAACCAGUUAGAUUGCUGACAUUGAUUCCAUGAUCUAUACAGUCUGUAUUCCAUACUAGAUAAUUUUUACAAAAGUCUCUGUUUAUUUCCUAGGUCAUAACCGUUUACAGUAUGCCUGGAAUGGAUUCUGAUUGGCUAAUGGGUGAGAGAGGAAAUCAGAAAGGAAAAGUGCCAAUUACGUACCUGGAGUUACUUAACUAA